AUGGCAAAGGGAGGGAAGGGAGGCAGCGCCGCGGCGGCCUGCGGGCCGGGGCUGCUCUGGGGCUGUUGGGAGCUGCUGCGGCGGAAACUGCAGCAGAGCUGGGCAGGCUUCUCCAGCCCUCCAUGUGGACCAGCUUUAGCAAUCCAGGGCACACCCAUAUUCACAGAGCUAGCAAAUGACACCACUGGAGAUGACAGUUCCAGCCUUUUGGAUAAUGUCUUUUGGAUGGCAGCUCCCAAAAACAGACGCACCACUGAAGUCAACCGGUGUAGGAGAAGAAACUCCCAGAAGCUUGUUAAAGUUAAGAACAAUAUAGAUGUUUGCCCCCAGUGUGGUCACCUGAAGCAGAAGCAUGUCCUUUGUGGCUAUUGCUAUGAGAAAGUGCAGCAGGAGACCAAAGAAGUCAGAAAACAAAUAUGGAAGCAAGAAGGGGGACCUUUUAAGGCUCCUGCCUUAGAGACGGUGGUGCUGUAUACCAGAGAGACGCCCUCCGAACAAGAUCAGGGCAAGAGGAUUGUUGAACGAGACAGGAAAAGGCUGUCCUGGUUCACCCAGAAUUGACACCAAAGAGGCUGGAAAGAUAACUCCAUAG